CUGAUAAAUAGUCAAUUUUUAAAUACUUAAUCAUAUAAAAUUUUCUUACAAACGCACACAGACGCACUCACAAAAAUGGUUGAUAGCACUGCGCCCGCAGGCUUGGCGAGUCGAAGAGGACCAGCAAGGUCCGCCAACAAGUACCACUGGGACAAGUCCACCCUGGAGCAACGACGCCGCACGCGCCUCCAAAUGCUCGAGCGCGAAAACUACACAACGCUCCCAGAAUUUGAAAACAUGCUCAUUGCAGUCGAGAACACUGCCACCACCAGCAACACCGGUCUUAGACGCCCUGGACGCCCACCUCGCUCUGGCAUAUCGACACCAAAGCCCAAUUCAUCCGUGGUUAUCAUUGGCUCUGGAGACGAGGGACUUAAAAGAGCCAACCGCAAAGAAACCAGGGCAUUGGCUGCUCAAAAAAUGACAUUUGCUGAUGCCCUGGCCGCCGAAACAGAUCGCGCCGCAGUCACGCCGAAUUUGUCGUCCGCGAGCUACUAUUAUCUGACCUGCAUUGCUUUGCCCACCCGGGGAUCACAGCCACCACCGCCGCGCCAUUUUUGUUCAAUCUGUGGUUAUGAGGGGAUUUACACGUGUGUCGACUGCGGAAUGAGAUAUUGUUCACUGGCGUGCAAGUCGGCGCACACUGAUACCAGGUGUCUUAAACAUGUAGCCUAGAUAGUGCAAAUAAAAAGG